CAUGAUCCUCCGGAACCCGGAAACGCGGAUCUGGACAUGUUUUACGGGAGUUCGUGUUGAUACAAGCAAAAUAGCAGCCAUGGUCGACCUUUAAAAAAAAACCUCACAUUUCCCCACACGAAGUCGGUGCAUAUAGUUAGCAGCAAUGGGCACCGUUUUUGCUAUUAUUCUUGUUUUUGUCGGCUGCUGUAGCAAUGUGGUGUCCCUGGAGCUGCUGGUGAGGGAUUUCCCAGGAUGCGGCAACAUUGUGACAUUUGCGCAGUUUGUGUUCAUCGCCUUGGAGGGAUUCAUCUUUGAAACAAAGCUGGGCAGGAAGGGACCUGUCAUCCCUAUCAGGAACUAUGUGAUCAUGGUGACCAUGUUCUUCACAGUCAGCGUCAUCAACAACUACGCGCUCAACUUCAACAUCGCCAUGCCGCUGCACAUGAUCUUCAGAUCAGGCUCUCUCAUCGCCAGCAUGAUUCUGGGGAUCAUCAUCCUGAAGAAAAGAUAUUCAGCCAGCAAAUAUUUGUCUAUAGCGUUGAUUUCAGCUGGCAUCUUCAUCUGCACCGUCAUGUCCGCCAAGCAAGUGAAUAUGGCCCAGGAGGGAUCGGAGGAGCAAGGAUUUCACGCCUUCUUACACUGGCUUGUAGGAAUCGCCAUGUUGACCUUUGCCCUGCUGAUGUCAGCCAGGAUGGGUAUUUUCCAGGAGACGCUCUACAAGAAGUACGGAAAACACUCCAGGGAAGCUCUUUUUUAUAACCACUUCCUGCCUCUGCCCGCGUUCCUGCUGCUGUCCUCUGACAUUUACACACACGCCGUCCUCUUCAGCCACACUGCUCCAGUGCUGGUUCCUGUCAUUGACGGACAUGUUCCAGUCAUGUGGAUCUACCUGCUGGUCAACAUCAUCACUCAGUACGUGUGCAUCCGCGGCGUCUUCAUCCUGACCACAGAGUGCGCCUCGCUCACCGUCACCCUGGUGGUGACUCUCAGGAAGUUCCUCAGCCUCAUCUUCUCCAUCGUCUACUUCCAGAACCCCUUCACGCCGUGGCACUGGCUGGGCACGGCGGUGGUCUUUGUGGGCACGCUGCUCUACACGGAGGUGUGGGGCGGCGUGACUCGGCCCUCGUCCAGGAAGAAGAAGGCCGAGUGAGCUUCGUGGACAUUUGUACUUGGCACCGGAAACAACUUUAGGAAAACAAGUGUUUAUGCCAGAUCCUCAUUUUGAAAGGAUGAAGUUCUUGCGAGGAAUAAACUUCACAUUUGUGCUGUUUUUGUGCACGUCUGAAAUAAAAUAGGUGAUAAAAUGUGGAAAUUAUUCCAUGAAAAAGUCCAAAUGAUGACUUUUAUGUCAUCGUUAGUGUUCUAAUGAAAGGCCGUGUUUGUAUCAGUGAUGUGCGAUGCCACCAAUUUUAUUUCCAAUCCCAUAUCUGGGUCAAUUCAGGAUGGUAUCAACGAUAGCGAUCUGAUCCAUCCAUCCAACCAUUUUCUACCGCUUGUCCCUUUUGAGGAGGCAGGGAGUGCUGGAGCCUAUCUCAGCUGCAUUCGGGCGGAAAGCGGAUACUUUGUGCAAACAUACACAAAACCUGUAUUUCAAAUAAUAACGUGUCAUAGCAUAAACCAGGCCUAGGCUAUUAUUUUGACUCGGGGAGAAAAAAAUGUGUCUGGGGGCCGGUAGAUCUAUUGUUGCGUCAGACCAGUUCUUCCUCCCAGGGAAUCUAAGUUACUGGUCAAUCCCAAGUUCUUUUGAUGACAUAUAUGCUGAGUAAGAAGGACCAUCAAGACAGAAUUGGAAUAUUUUCAAGUUUUACUAAAGCUUUCGGAGGUCAACUUAACCAAUACAUUCAUAGCGGCUACUCUAGUUGAUCUGACAUUCCAACGGAAAAGCCCACUCCUUGCACACAAAGAAAGCCUCCCCCUCGCAACACGGAUAAGGAAAAAGACGUGAGGGUUGUCUUCACAUUCCAAGGGUGAAGACACUAACCAGGCAUCUGAAAUGUCCAAAGAAACUGGUAGAAUAUACGAACCCCGCUUCCAUAUGAGCUGGGAAAUGGUGUUAGAUGUAAAUAUAAACAGAAUACAAUGAUUUGCAAAUCCUUUUCAAGCCAUAUUCAGUUGAAUAUGCUACAAAGACAAC